UUAUAUAAAAAUUUAAAAAUUAAUGCAAGGAUUUAAAGUUGAAACAAUAACUCCAGGGGAUGGAAAAUCAUUUCCUUAAAAAGGGUAAAGAGUUGAGUAAAAUUUAGCCAAAAAGUUCACGUGCAUUAUGUAGGAACCUUGCUUGAUGGAUCUGUAUUUGACUCAUCAAGAAAUAGAGGAAAGCCUUUUGUCUUUACCCUUGGUGCAGGAUAAGUUAUUAAGGGAUGGGAUGAAGGUGUUGCAAAGUUGUCAAAAGGAGAGAAAGCUAUCAUCACUUGUCCACCUAAUUAUGCUUAUGGCGCAUAAGGAUACCCACCAGUGAUCCCCUAAAAUGCCACAUUGAAAUUUGAAGUGGAGUUGCUUAAUUUUGCAUGACAUAUUCAUACAAUAAAAUAAGUUAAUUUCAAAACAGAUAUUUAUAAA